CUCGAAUGGUGUGAAGCCCCACAUGAAGGACUCAGACGUCCGGGAAUGACAGCCGCUGUCACCGGGAGUGACAGCUUUCACUCUGACCUGCUCCGCUAGAACUACUCCAGCUGACACCCAUCACUGAUCCGGAUCGGAUCCAGCCAGAUCAGGACUAUGCCAGAGAUGGAGAAAGGGAGACCACCGGAAAAUAAACGCAGCAGGAAACCCGCGCACCCCGUAAAGAGGGAGAUCAACCAGGAGAUGAAGACGUUUGCAGAGAGCACCAUGAACGAGCUCCUGGGAUGGUACGGCUACGACAAGGUAGAUCUCAGAGAGUCAGAGGCCAAUGAGAUCAGAAACUACAGAGAGAGGCGUCAGCAUGUGUCCGUGCUAAAAGAAAACUCAUUGCCAAAACCCAAGAGCCUGGACACCAAAGUCAGUCAUUCAGUCCUGGCCAUGAAGUGCGGAGAGAGAGACUCCUCCAGCGUCCCCUCCUCUUCGCCAUCCUCUUCAUCGACAAGUUCAUCCCUGACCACCCCCAAGGAGCACAAGAGUGCCCCAGUCAUUGUCCCCCUUAUAAAGCCAUCAGCAGUGGAAGAUGUACAGAAUGUGCAGAUAGUGUGUGUCUGGUGCCAGAAGGAAGGUGUAAAACGCUACUCUCUAUGCAUGGGCUCAGAGCUCAAGAGCUUCUGCAGUGAGAAGUGUUUUGCCGCCUGCAGACGGGCAUACUUCAAACGCAACAAGGCCAGAGAUGAAGACCUCCAUGGUGAGAGAUCCCCUCAGCACCCCCAUACAGAGGACUCGCCCAGACUGGUGUUGAAAAUAAACAGCAAUGUCAGAUCUCUCUCUCCUGUGCCACAGGUAUGUGAUUGGUGCAAGCAUGUCCGUCACACUAAAGAGUACUUGGACUUUGGAUCCGGUGAGGAACGUCUCCAGUUCUGCAGCACCAAGUGUCUGAAUCAGUACAAGAUGGAUGUUUUCUACAGAGAAGCACGCGCAGCUCUCACCAGCACCAGCUCCAGCCCAAGCAGAACCAGUCAGGAGGGGAGGGCGGAGAGCUGUGUCGCCGGGCAAAAGCUACUCACUCCCGAGUCCUGGAACAGCAGCAACAGCAUAGGGGAAGCGCGUCAUAGAAACCUCUCCCCUAAAGGGCCAGCGCUAAUCCAUGGUUCAGCAGAAUCCACCUCCAUCUCCUCCUCAGAAGCAUCCUCUUCUUCCUCUUCCAAGGUCCCUGUCUCUGGGCUGAGAACCCUGGAGAGACCCAUCCAGCCUCCUCCACAUCCGCCUGCUGUGGAGGUGUCACCCCACACUGCACCCCUUCCUCCUCCACCUCCGCCUCGCCCCCCUCUGGAACAUCAGCCGCUGCCUCAGAUCCCCAUCCCCUUCAUCAGACCUCCUCUUCAUGCACAGGGCAUGAAAAGCCCCCUUGCCAACCCUCCCAGACACCCAGGUCCCCCCUCCAGCCCUAUCCACAGACCCCCCCACUCUCCUCACCUGCAGCCCCCCACCUCCUCUUCUAUGAAUCCCCCUGGACUGAUGCAUCCCUUCCCAGGAGCCUACUUUCCUGGCUUGCACUCCCCUCCUCUGAAUAUGAUGCCAAGAGGUCCCGUCCCAAUGCCUCCCAUAAUGAACUUUGGUAUUCCUUCCUUUAGCCCUCUCCUGCCCCAGCCCACUGUCCUGGUCCCUUAUCCCAUCAUUGUUCCCUUGCCUGUUCCCAUACCCAUUCCUAUCCCUAUUCCAGUCCCUUCAAAAGCAACCUUAGAAACUCCAAGUCACAGUGGAGUUAUCCAGCCUGUGCCAGAGGGGGUAGACAGGGGCAGAUCCAGGGUUACCAGGCUGCCAUCUCCAGGGAUCCCUGAAGGGGACAGCAGAUCAGUAGCCAACAAGUUGGGUGGAACCUUGACUCAAGGUCUCCCCUCGCCAACUGAGCCCAACACAGAUUGGGUUAAAUCAGAGAGGCCAUUCCCAUCCCCAACGUCCACACUCAACAGUGGAACAUCCUCUCCCAGAGCACAGUACAAUGAAUCCCCCUGCUCCGCUCCAGGGUCGGAGGGGCUGACAGACUAUAAGCAGCAGCAGUCAGAGCGACAAGUCAUCCAAAGGGUUCUUCAAAGAACCCAAGUCAAGAUGGAGCCCAGUGCCAAUGGAGUGGUGGACCUAUCAGGGCUGGGGGAGUCAGGAACUGGGCAGGGUACCAGGUCAGGGCUCCACGACAUCAUCAGACCCACCCCUCCUCUACCACAGUCCCCUUCACAUGACACUGUCUACCACCACCUGGACUCUCACACGCCACCUUCACACACCCCACCCAGCCCCACAGGGAACAGCCAUCUGAACGAUGUCACGUCCUCUGCCCUGAAAUCUCAGGACCACAGUCCAAACAGGAUGUCCUCCUCAUCCACACCCUCCAGUCCAGACUCCUCCCUACCGCAGAGAGUAACAGCACCACCCCCAGACCCCACUAUCAGUGAGCUGGAGGCCAUCAAAGAGAACAAGUGCUCUGUUGUCGGCCCAGUGCGGGUUGAGGGCCCCGUCAGUCAGUCGGAAGAGCCCUUAGCGGGAGUCGGGGAUGUAGGAGAAGACCCCCAUGUUCCUGAUGAGGACCAUGCCUAUGCCCUGCCCACAGCACCAAAGACAGGUGGGACCACCACCCCGCUGCUCUUGCCCAAACUCAGGGACAAGGGUAGCCUGCGAAGCCCUGCUAAUUUGCCCAGCGCUGGAGACAUGGAGCCAGCUCUGAAGAGGCGAUGUCUACGAAUCCGAGAUCAGAAUAAGUAGAGGAUGGAGACUCCCUGUUUAACACUGUAUGGCAGUGCCAGAUUCAGUGCCACGCCCUCUUGUGGACAACACCAGUGCUAACACCCUCCAGCCUGUCCCUCAGCCUGUCAGCCCACCAGUGUCGCUCUGCCUGUAGACCAGCAGGGUGCCAACCCAGGAAGCGGUCCAGAUGGCCACACUAUCACAAGUCAACGUUGGGGGACGAACACAACACAGUCACACAUUUUGUCUUGGACCAAAGAGUAUUGCUGGCUUGUGUGUUAUGUUGUGUUCAGUGAGUGUUUGAUACGGAGCAUCUCAGAUCUUCUUGCCCCAAAGUGUGUCUCUGUGUGUGUAUGUGUGUGCACGAGUUAGUGCGGCUGCCCAGAUGCGCUCCUCCUCCUCCUCCUCCUCCUCCUCCUCUCCUUGCUCCACACAGCAGACAGAGCUGUGAUCAGCCUUGUGUGGUCUUCUCAGAUGGAACCUGAACAUGAUCUCUUUCCAGGGGAAACGGUUUGUUUUCUCUGCCUGGCUUGCACAAAGAGCCACAUUGUUCCUCUCCCCAUAUCCCACGCUGACUCCCCACUCCAGGUUUUGGGUUACCUGGCCGACGGGGGCUCAGACUUCAGGAGUUUUUUUUUUUUCUUUUUUGACCGACAGCCAGGAAUAUAGUAUACCCUUCUCCUCUCCACCUCUCCACCCCAAUCUAAAUACAGUACACACCACACGCUCUGAGGUUUGAUUCCUCACAACUGAUUGCCUGUGAUUUCCUUCUCUGCUCACUUCCUUCAAGGGAGGAGAGAAAUUCUGCUGAGAUUAAGACUUAAUCCUUGGGCAGUUUACACACUGUGCAGAGAGAGUCUGGCUGGGCUGUUAAGACAGACGACUGAGCAGUAUCACGCAAUCUCUGAGGGGGAGAGGAUGCUUCCUCUGCCUCCUCAAAAACAAUAACAUGAUACAAAAACAUAUAGUAUAUAUAUGAGGGGAAGCCUACUGAUAUACAGUAGCUGAGACGGUCUGUGAACACUUUAGUCGUCCUGAUGACGCUGGUACAGAAAUGUGUGAUUUGCAGAUCCGCCCUCACCAUUCACCUGAUCCGCCAAAGCUUUAACAGCAGAAUCACAAUUUGAAUCAUUUUUUGCCAUGCAUAUUCAUGGAAACAUUUCAAUCAUGAACAUUCACGGCACAUGACAGUUUAACUGGUCCUGAUUCUGAUUUUUUUUCUUUAUGUUGCUGGCCCU